GGCAGACUCGCCCUUCGCCAUACUCUACCAUACCACCGCCUUCCUCCUCCAUCUUCUGAAGUGAUCCUGCUACAGCCCUCAUCGUCUCACCCUCGGCCUCGGAGCAGGCGACGAAGCAGCGAUCCCUCCACAUAUCCUCGCCGUGAUGCUUCUGAGAUAACACGCACCAAUUCAGAGAAGCAUAUCGGCACCCUCUCCCUGCGCAGCCUGCGUCUGCUUGCCUCUGGAGAUCGCAGGCAUGGCACCCACACCGUCUUCCUCGUCUUCGCGGCCGCCCUCGCCGACUUCCACCAGUCGCUCCGGCCCUUCCACUCGGGAUAGAGAGGCCAGUACACGGCGUACUAUGGCACUCACUCCUGCGGAAACAUCCACUUCGGCAAAUCGUCGCAGGUCCUCCUCUAGGCACACUGACGGCAGCCGGCCCACCCUCACAUCGCGGCCUGUGAUCAUUUGGAUUCAUGAGCCUCCCAAUUUCAGCACUAGCGAAGUCGUCUUGAAUCCCGAAAUUGCAAAGCUGUUCGGUCCACUGGGCGAAAACGAAGUAUAUGAGGUCUCACAGCUGCCAGGCCCACGUCCCGAAGACUUCGACAAUGACCAUCGCCGUCGUAAGAAGAAAGGCGCUCCCCACGAUGGCUCCUUCGUCUUUCGCCCUAGUCAGAGCGGGCAUGAGUCCGAGUCAACAAGCAAGGCCAGCAACGUUCAGCUCAGCGUUUCCAAGAACAUUGCAACACGCUAUGGCUUCAACAAUCGCAGCGAGGUCAUCCUCUCCCGAGUUGCUCGCUCAUCUCGCACCAUCUCUCAUGUAGAGCUCUUCUUCCGAGACCAAUACGUCGGGAGAGCCGACAUGUGGCGAUUGACUGCAUCCCUCGAAGACACUUGUGUCUACUUCGGCCAAAAGGUGAACUUGGUAGGCAGUGUGAGGGCUACAGUUGGGUCGAUAUUCAUAGACCAGCGCAAAGUUUCUUCAGGCUACGUAGCUCCGGAAACCAAGACAAUCUUCCGUUCUGAGUCUGCGAAGUACCACCUCUUCAUACAACUUGGAAAGGAGAUGUGGGACUUUGACGAAGAUGGGGAGCUAUACUAUGAAAAGGCCGUGACUGGCUUCCUGCCAGAGCUGCUCCGGCGCUGGCGAAGCGCAGCUACCAAUCACGUCAUUAGCAUAACUCUCUUCGCUCGCGUAUGGUACGAUGAGAGCGAGCUACACAUGCUAGAUGAGGUCGGUCUACCUGUCCUCAAGGAGGAAGGCGCCGGUGGAAGGCAUUACAUCGACUACUACAAGGUACUCGUCGACCUCGAGUCAAGCUCGAAUUGGAGCGAGGUGUCGCUGAUGCUAAAGGAAGAGCACUGGCGCUUCGAGCACGACAUCUUGCUGAUCCGCAGACCAGUCGCGGGUCCGGCAGGAGCACCUUGGCAAGAGGAACAGCAUGCAGAUCUUCUGCGUCGAGAUCGUGCACUGUUAGCUGGGCGCGUCGCAGCGUCUCACGAAGGAAACAUCCUCGAGGCCAUCAAUCUGGCUCUGAAUCCCUUCGACAAGCACUACAUUGAUCGAGACCUGAAUAGAACCGGAUUGGAUCUCGUCAUCAUUACCGCUGGUACGGGCCACUUUCGGGUGGAUAAGAAGUGGCUGCGGAUGACGACUGAGAGAAUGAUCGAUAAUGGUAUCGGUCUCGAUCUGGUUUGUUUGACGAAGAUGCCCCUGCACUCCGUUCCUCUAUUCCAUUUCAGGAGUCAAAUACCUGAUCCGACCGCGGAGUCUGCGUCCCACCUGCGCUCGGGCAGGAGGGCUGGCUACAAAGGAGCAGCCUCUUCCUCGUUCUCUCAAUUCGCCGGUAGCAGCGCCCCGCACGGAGCAAAGCCUAGCUCUGGACCUCCUGAUCCGCUCUACUACGACUCGGUCAAGACACCUCGAGGUAUUCACUCCGCCCCCGAGGCACUUCAGAUGGAAUUCUACUCUAUACCACACUGGAUCGAUGCCUCGUUCUACAACUUGCAGCAAGACAAGCCUUUCAGAAGGGAUCGAUUCGUCCCUCGAGUGAAGAUGCAAGAGAUUCAACAGAUCGGGUAUAUGGAGAAUGAAAUUAGCGACAUCUCUCUGCCGUAUUUAGACCUGAGGAUGAUUGCUGGCGAUCCAACAUACCCCAGUGCUGGCUUCUCGCUGCCCAGAUCACUGCCACCAGGCGGAGGCAGCUCUGGAGGAGCUCACACUGUGCGCAGCAGUAGUUCCAAUCUCCUCGACAAGCUGACAUCGCGAGAGCAGAGGCGAGCAUUGAGAGAGCGCUUCGACCGAGAGACCUUUCGAGAUCUGGAGAAUGCGUCCACGCACGCCAGGAACAGAUCGCUCCUUGCGUCGGGCGCCGGGAAUAGAAGCAUGAUGAGUGUAGCCGCUGCCUCUGGCUGGCUGCCGGGCAGCUAUGAAGAGAGAGAAGCAAUUGCAGCGGCGAUCACAACGGAAAAGGCUGCUGCUGGCGCUACUGCGCUUCCAAAGGCUCAGAGACAUAGCCGUCCCGGGAGAGAUUCUAUGCUGGGCAGACCGACCUUGGAGUCACAUGCUGAGGACGACGGAGUGACACUUGCCGACGAAGCUCAUCAGGUCCAUGACUCGAAUCGGAACUCACUGGUGGAAUCCCCUCGUGCGAGAUUGCGACUCCAUGAUUCGCCAAUCUCGAGUCCCUCGGUCAGGGAAAGAAGCCGCUACUUCUCCAUGGCAUCAUCUAUCAGCGGUGACUUCUCUGACUUCACUUCGUCUCGUCCGGCCUCCUUACGAAGCGUUGCGACGAUGAAUCGCAGUCUUCGGCCAGGGCAGCAGCCUGGAAAAGCUGAAGCGCUGGUCGCUCCCACACAGUAUGCUGAUAUGAUAGACGAACUGCCCUCGCCGGAAGAGGAGGAAAAACCAAAGAUUAUUGCUAUCAAUGAUCCAAAGAAGGCCAGACAGCAGAAGGGCUACAAAUGGUUGUGGUCCUCGCUCAAAGGAGGCAGGUCCCCAAGCAUCGGCUCGCCCUCGUCCCGCGAACUUAUCAAGUCAGAGAAUGGUGAGGGGACCUAUGACGAGGCUUCUUCGCAAGCGGGGCCAUCGCUCGCGUCGUUAAGGAUCAAAGCCAUUCUGAAGAACUCACCCAGUCGUCGCAAUCUACUUGAGGACGUUUCAAAGGACCAAGAGAGGGAGACGGGCGGGCCGCGUCCCGUGCCGAUCACCUCAACCUCGGCCGGAUCCAGCUCAACAAAGACGUCUCCACGGCCAGGCGGCGAGGCAGGCUCAAGUAGAGCUCGUUUGACCAACGCAGAUGCGGAGAUCAAUCGCGAGCAAGAAGCCUAUGAGCAAGCUCUCGACGAGGAAGAGGCUCGGGCAAGGUACGCCCAGCGAGCCCAAAUUGAGAAGCAGACCCUGGUGAACCCUUCCAACCCUCGGAAGAGCUUGAUGAACACCAGCGUAGUCUCUACUCAACUGCAGCGCUGGCAACAUCUGUUCCCUCGUCGGCUCAACCGACACUCGAUCAAAUGGAAGAGUAUCACUACUCCGGCUUGUCUGCCGUUGACAACACACUAUCUUCCCACCGAGCAAGAGCUGCACGAGCAGUGGGCCGAAUACCCCCACACACUAUCGGUAUCGUCUGACUUGUCAAGCUUCCUCGUCAAGCGAUCACAGAAUCAAGCGCCAGCGCUAGCAGUCCUUCGAGAAUUGACUUCCCAGCGGCUCGCCCAAGGCUUCCAAUUCAUUGUACCGCUGAAGAAGGAGCAGAAUGCAGCAGCUACAUCUCGCAGUACUGCCCUGUCCUCCCGGAGAUUUGCGAGCAACCCAGGGCGGAGCAACUUCAGCUUGCACAAUCCCUCUGAGCUCUUCCAACCUGGCACACUCACCUCUGGUAACCCGAUCUUGCUGGGAAUGUCGAAUCAAAUCCACAGAAUUUCGUACGAUCGAGCGGCCAGUGCCAUCAACGUCGAGCGGUACAUCCGCAAGAUGCCCUACGACACUUCGCCACUGGCAUACACUUGUUGCAUUUGGCCCCGCAAUCUACCAGGCUACCAACGAGUAAACACCACAUUCAAGUACCCCGAGUUUGGGACGUACGACUGGACAUAUCUGGACUCACUCGUCGCUGGACACGCCGAAGAGGACAAAUUCAGCGAUGACCUGAGAUACUGGCGAACGCGAUUUGUCAUCGUUCCUGCUGAAGGGCCGCUACCUCCGAUGAAUGCUGCUACUGGUGAGCCUCUGGACGAGGAAGAGACCAGGCUGGCUGGUAUGGACAGACUUGCGGAUCAAUUCGCUCGGAACCGAUGGAAGGGGAGGGGGGCCGGUAGCGAUAGCACCGGUAGAGCGCGGGUCGCUGCUCUUCUUCGCUUUAUUCCUACAAGCUUGGACCCUUCGGCGAGCAUGUGGGAUGACAAAUUCAUGAAGCAAAUGGAAGCAGCCAUUGUCGAAGACGAGGAGGUCGAGCAGGCUGUGCAAGCGCAGAAGGCUUCGAGCCGUGCCGUCAAGAAGCAUAUCAAAGACGUCGCUCUGGACAGCAUAGCUGUCAACAUGGCAAACGAGAAGCACGGUCUCAAAAUCGAAGAUCGACUAUGGAAUCGCAAGCUUUACACUGCUACGUUCACCGGCACGGACUUUACUACGUGGCUUUCGUGCGAGUACGCAGAUGUACGAAAUCGUGACGAGGCAGUGGAAUGGGGCGAUAAGCUAAUGAAGGCAGGGCUGUUCAAGCACGUCCAUGCAGCUCACGGAUUCCUCGAUGGACACUACUUCUACAGACUCAAAGACGAGUAUGCUACCAAGGCACUUGGAAAGAAGAGGGUCGCUGCUCAGAGCAAGACUGGAGAUGUCUCUGAAGGCAUCGUUCGGAGUGCGUCUAUCACCAAGGAUCCGACUAGCAGCAGCGCUCCUCGUCGAAGGAUGAAGAUGUCUCGCUCGCUCAUCAUCGACGUCGACCCCUCUCGCAAAUCUGAUCGCGCAGAGACUGCCUUCUUGCAUUACGACAUCGCCCACAACCCAGCCAAUGGCUUCAAUGCCCAACUACAAUGGCUCGGCACCACUGCCCGCUUCAUCGAGGACACUGUCCAGAACUGGACACGCAUCGUAGAGCGGUACGGUCUUCGUCUCAUCGAAGCUCCGAUCGGGCAGAUUUGCGAUGUGAGCAAGCACAACCCCUUCCAAGCGCCCAUCCAGAUCCACCUCUCCCUCGAUCCCCCACCGACUUCAAGCUACGUCAGUUUCCUACCCCCACACGUCAACCCAAGCGAAUACUUCGAGUGGGCUCUACUGAGGCGCUUUGGCUUUGUGCUGGACCAAGAGGCGUCAGAUCGCUACCCCUCGGGCGUUGAGAUCAUCUACCAGUCCAGGCCGAGUCGAUUUGACUACUCGCAAUUUGUACACAGGAGCGGAGUGGCUUUUGUGCAGGUGGUGGGAGGAGCCGAGGGUUUCCUCUGGCUUAACAAUCGACUCUUUAACUCCCAUCACCUUGCGGGGGGUGCAGGUGGUGGGAAUGGGGGUGCAUCGGGAGGCAAUGGUAGAGCAGGCGCUGUCGGCGUGGAAGCAGGCAGAGGAGGGAGGUACGCCCAGGGCGGGCCAGUCGGGAGGGGUUUCCCAACUCGAGGUGGCGGCGGCGGUAACGGUGGUAAUGGCGGACGAGCCGGUCUCGGCCUCGGCCCAGGCGCGCAACCGCACGAAGGCAGCGACGAGCACGCCUCCUCUGUCCUUCCAGACCCAGAUCGCACACGUAGGGAAUUCGAGGCCUUUUGUGCCGAGCCUGCUGCCCUGCAGACCUUCUAUGCCGAAGUGAUGGCUACACUUCAGGCUGGGGCGGGGGCGGGGCCUGGUGCAGGGGCGGCUGCUACAGCACCUGCAGGAGGGGAGGUGGGUCCGACCGUGUAGAGGCGGUGCUCGCAGGAGGGGGAUGUCAGCGCGAGGGAGGUCAGAAGCGGUUGUGACAAGGGUUUUCGUCACGUAGACACUGAUGUAAAUGUAACUGUAAUGCAAAAAGAAGG